GCCCACAUGUGGAAGUAUGGUGGGGAGAAGCAAGUCCAUGGAGGACUUUAAAAACGAGUAUCCAGUGAAAUGACUGAGAUGCAGCUGGGUGAUGUUGUAUGCGGAGGAACAAAUUUGUCUGAGGAUCCUGGUACACAAAGAAAAGAAAAGAAAAAAGAGAUAAACAAACGUGGACAAUGGGAUAAUAAAUUCGAGUUUCUUCUCUCUGUGGGUGGCAGCAUGAUUGGUUUCGACGCAAUUUUUAUGUUCCCUGGACUUUGUUUCCGUUACGGAGGAGCUAUGUUUCUGAUUCCAUACUUCAUAUUCGUCCUCAUCUUAGGAAUUCCUUUAUUUUUGCUGGAAACUGCUCUUGGGCAGUACUCCGGCCAGGGUACAAUCACAGCCUGGCAAAAGAUGUGCCCAAUGUUUGAAGGCAUUGGCUACUCAUCUCUGGUGUCUAUCAUCUACCUGAAUAUUUAUAACAUUAUGUUCAUAGCUUGGUUGAUCUUCUAUCUUUGCAACUCCUUUGUCUCUGUGAUGCCAUGGGCUGACUGUAACAAUGAAUGGAACACAGAGAAUUGCACGAAUAAUGAUUCUCAACAAUGGUCAUCAUCUGAAGUUGAGUUCUGGGCGAAUCGUGUCCUGAAAGUUUCAAGUGGAAUUGAGAAAAUCGGCACUAUCAAUUGGACGCUGGCCCUCUCUCUUCUUGCAGCCUGGACCAUCUGUUACUUCUGCAUCUGGAAGGGAAUCAAGACUAUCAGUAAGGUUGUCUACGUAACUGCUACCUUUCCAUACGUGAUGUUGAUCAUCAUUCUGAUCAGAAGUGUAUUACUGCCAGGAGCUGCAGAUGGAAUAAAGUACUACCUCUACCCUCAAUGGUCUUCACUGUUUUAUCCUCAUGUGUGGUUUGAAGCUGGCCGACAUGUGAUAUUCUCCUUUGGCUUAGCUCUCUGCUCUCUGAAAGCCAUGAGCAGCUACAACCAUUGGAACAAUAAUUGCUACAGAGAUUGUCUGGCGCUAUGUUUCCUGAGCAGUGGCUCAAACUUUGUGGCUGGAUUUGCCGUCUUCUCCAUAUUGGGAUUUGUUUCCCAUGCAGAGAAUGUACCUAUUCAUGAAUUGGAAGUAAUGGGUCAGGGUUUGAUGUUUAUCACAUUUCCAAAGGCAGUGUCCAGGAUGCCACUCUCUCAGCUUUGGUGGUGUCUAUUCGUUUUUAUGUGCAUCUUUCUGGCAUUCAACGUUCAGUUUGUCUCCAUGGAGAGCUUGGUGACCACCAUUGUUGACGUAUUUCCAAGAAUAUUCCAGAAGGGAUUCUGCAGAGAGCUCUUUAUUCUGGCCAUCACUAUUGUCUUCUUUUUGAUCAGUCUAUUGAUGGUAACAGAAGGUGGCUUAUACAUCUUCUACCUGAUUCAAUAUUACGGAUGCAAUAGCAGCUGCCUAUUUUUUGUGGCCAUUUUUGAAACUAUCGGCAUUGCCUGGAUUUAUGGUGCUGAUCGCUUCUAUGAUGACAUAGCAAACAUGAUCGGAUACAGACCCUGGCCUUUAAUUAAGUGGUGUUGGUGUUUCUACACUCCAAGUAUUUUAAUUGCUUGUUUUAUUUACGGAAUGAUAACGGACUCCCGUCUAACGAUCGGG